AUGUCUGGGCUAUGGAGUUUUAGGGACAAUGCCCCCUCAUCGCAUUGUGUUGGUGCGACAACGAGGGCGGUGUUGCCAGCUUCCGCCGACGAAAUUGUAUUGCAAGAUGCACUGGUGGAGAGCAGUUCAAUGCUGGUGGGAAAUGCGGUACGUGGCUUCGAGACGGUCACCGAUGUUGGUUUGGUCGUUGAGGAAAUGCAGGUAGAGUGGGUUGAGAAAACGCUGGGAAUUCUUAAGAGUUCUUCGUAUCACUUAAGCAAUCAGUGCGAAAAGGGGUCUGAGUCGAUGCUAAAUCACCCUGGUGAGGGCUGUUCCUCGACAGCAACUUCUUUGAACCUGUUGGACGAAGAAGACAUGGAAGUAGUGCGUUCACUACUGAAACCUCGCGAUGAUUGUGGCAUCAAAGUUCGCGGGGCUACAUCUAAGCGGAACUGUGGGCCCAUUGAACCCUCAUCGUCCGUGUUGCGCACAGCGGGUACGGCACCGCGGAGGCGAGAUCGACCGUGCGCCGCUGAACCACGCGAGGUAGACACUGUGCCUGUUGUAAGGGUUCAAGUAGCUCGAAAGAGCGGCACGCGGCCGUUUGUUGCUGCAGAACUGCUUGACUAUCCGCUUAAACCAUCAUGGAACAACACCAGAGGUUCUGCCCAACGAUUGAAAGAGCGCGUUCCUGCCACGCGCAUGCCGCAGCGAGCAGCUGUUGGGCCAGCCAAUCAGAUUAUCUGUGAUUCCACAAGUUUUCUCAUACCGGGGUCAAACAUUUCGCUGAAACAGCCAAAGGAAGUGACAUCGAUUUGUAGGACGCGGAAGAAAGCGCCACUCUACGAUGCGCUGCCACUACAGACGCAAGUUACCCUCUUGUCACUUGAGGCUACCCGACAAAGUGGGUGGCACCGUGAUUUCUUGGAUAAGUUCGACACAAUCGCACGCAAGUGGCGCUCCCUUCACAUGAGGAAGUUUGUUUGGGGGAGGUGGUGUUUUCGUCAAGGUAAAAGGGUUGGGGUGCCAAUUUCCGUACUCGUAGCAGUGACUGACUCUUCCUUUCUCACCCCCCAGCGUGUAGGCUCUUUUCCACUAUUAGCCGGCCAUGCCAUGAAGGCUAUCGACGGUCCUGACGCUCGACUCCUCCGCUGGUACUUUGUGAUGUGGGUGGCCGCCGUCCAAAGGGUGCAGGAGCAACGUUCAUCUGCAGGAAGAUUUGGUCCCAUACAUUCAUAA